CUUUCCAGCCUUGAGGCGUCCCGUUUCAGCUCCUUCGCUUUUAGUCACAAUGCUGCGAAGAGGCUGAAUGGGUGGGGUGGAGGGUGCUGGCACUGAGGGGGCAUUUAAGAGAGCAGUAGGUGGGAGUGGAGUCUGACUGCAGAGGGUCUCCUGCUGAAGGGCUUUCAGUCAGUUGCUCUGUGCCGACAUCCGCUCUGGAGACGGCGGAGGAGAUGACAGAGCUGUGAGAACGUCUGCAGGAUUAGCUGCCGAGACUGUCUUCAGGCUCGCUUCAGCCGCGUUCACUCAUCGUCUGGAGGAUUGGUUUGAAUAUUUCACACUCUGUUGUGACUUUCUCUGAGGCUGCAGCGUGACACAGUUCCCAUGGAGAUGAGAGGAUUCCUGUUGUGCUGCUUUACCGCAGCCUUACUAAGUCAGCUAUCGACUUGUGGCUUGAUCAAGAAGGUGAUUCGCCACCAAAGGGAGGCCCUGAUGCCCAAGAACACCCAGGAAAACCUCACGCUGCCCCACCCUGACCAGCCAGUAGUGUUUAACCAUGUCUACAACAUCAAUGUCCCGUCCACUCCACUCUGCUCCGUGGACCUAGACUUGCCUGGAGGAUCCAGAUCGAAGAAUGCUGGCAUGGAUGUGCAGAAUAGUGAUCAAAUGGAGCACACGCUGGAUGACAACAACCAGAUUGUAUUUACCCACCGCAUUAGCAUCCCCAAACAAGCCUGUGGCUGCGACAACCAGCUGCCAAACAUUAAAGAUAUCCUGAGCCGGCUGGAAAUGUUGGAGUCAGAGCUGUCAAGCCUGAGGGAGCAGUGCAGCAGUGGGGCGGGCUGCUGCGGAGCUCAAGUUACAGGUGAGCUGUCCACAAAGCCGUACUGUAACGGGCGUGGAAACUGGAGCACGGAUAGCUGCAGCUGCACCUGUGAACCUGGAUGGAAGGGCCUCAACUGCACAGAGCCAGAGUGCCCCAAUGACUGCCAGGAUCAGGGGCGCUGCGUGGAUGGUCAGUGCGAGUGCUUCGAAGGUUUCACCGGGGACGAUUGCAGCAUCGAAAUCUGCCUGAUGGACUGUGGUGACUAUGGCCACUGCGUGGAAGGGUCCUGUCUCUGCGAGGACGGCUUCAUUGGUGAAGACUGCUCCCAGACCAACUGCCUCAACAACUGCCUUGGGCGUGGGCACUGUGUGGAGGAUGAAUGUAUUUGUGACCAUCCAUGGACGGGAUCCGAUUGCUCUGAUCUCAUCUGCCCCAAUGACUGCUAUGACAGAGGACAAUGCAUCAAUGGGACUUGCUACUGUGAAGAGGGGUUCACUGGAGAGGACUGUGGUGAGCUAACCUGUCCUGCCAACUGCAACAACCGCGGCCAGUGUGUAGAUGGCCAAUGUGUUUGUCAGACGGGCUACAGUGGGGAAGACUGCUCAAAGCUCACCUGCCCAAAGAACUGCCACGAAAGAGGCCACUGCUUCAAUGGGAAGUGUAUCUGUGAUCCUGGGUUUGAGGGGGAGGACUGCUCCAUCCUCUCCUGUCCUGACAAUUGCAGCAACAAUGGCCAGUGUAUUAAUGGGGAAUGCAUAUGUGACAUUGGAUACCAGGGUGAAGACUGCAGCGAGCUGUCCUGCCCCAACAACUGCCAAGAAAAAGGACGCUGCAUCAAUGGGCAGUGCAUGUGUGAAAAAGGCUAUGCAGGGGAAGACUGCAGCACCAAGACCUGUCCCAGAGACUGCAUGGGCAGAGGAGACUGUGUGGAUGGGAAGUGUGUGUGUCUUGUGGGCUUCACAGGCAAAGACUGCAGUGAGCUCACAUGUCCCAACGACUGCCAGGACCAAGGCCAGUGUAUAAAUGGACAGUGUGUUUGCCACCAGGGUUUUACUGGUGAGGACUGCAGCGAGAAGACGUGCCCCAGCAACUGUCUGGACAGAGGGUCCUGUGUAGAUGGCAGCUGCAUCUGUUACAAGGGCUUCACCGGAACAGACUGCUCUGAGCCAACUUGCCCAGGAGACUGCCAGAACCACGGGAGCUGUGAAAAUGGAGUCUGUGUUUGUGAUGAGGGCUUCGUUGGAGACGACUGUUCUAAUGUCUCUCCACCCAAGGACUUGACAGUGGUGGAGGUCACUCCAGAAACUGUUGACCUCUCCUGGGAGAAUGAGAUGCAUGUCACAGAGUACCUCAUCACCUAUUUGCCCACGGCUCCUGGAGGUCUUGAGCUAGAAAUGCGGGUGCCUGGCGACCAGAAGGAGGCAACUAUUCAAGAGCUGGAGCCUGGUGUGGAGUACCUGAUCAGCGUCUAUGCUGUACUCAGCAACAAGAAGAGUGUCCCUGUCAGUGCUCGGGUGGCUACAAAUCUUCCUGAGCCUGAGGGUCUAAAGUUCAAGUCAGUAAGGGAAACAUCAGUGGAGGUGCAAUGGGACCCCCUGGAUAUUCCUUUUGACGGCUGGAAUCUGAUCUUCAGGAAUACGAAGGAGGACGAUGGUGAGAUUCUGAACUCCCUUGGCCGCCCAGAGACUGUCUUUGAGCAAUCAGGCCUGGGUCCAGGCCAGGAAUAUGAGGUCAAGCUAGAGGUGGUGAAGAACAGCAAGCGUGGUCCUCCAGCCUCCAAAAGCGUUGUCACAAUGAUUGAUGCCCCACGCCAUGUGGAUGUCCGUGACGUGACCGACAACACAGCGUUGGUCACCUGGUUCCAGCCUGUGGCAGACGUGGACGGGAUCAGCAUCUCCUACGGGCCAAACCUGGAUCCUGCCAAUCGCAGGGCUGUAGAACUCCCCCCCACUGACACUCAGUACCAUCUCGGAGGCCUUUCUGCUGACACCCAGUAUGAUGUGUCUCUGAAAGCAAGGAAAGGUGAUCAGAGCAGCAGCCCCGCCCACCAUUCCUUCCUCACAGACCUGGACCCCCCCAGGGACUUGAAGACAGUGGAGCUGACUGAUGAGAGCAUCACUCUGGAGUGGGAAAACAGCCGAGCUCAGGUGGACAACUAUCGCAUCAAGUACGGACCUCUGUCUGGAGGCGAGCACAGAGAAAUGCUUUUCCCUUCUGGACUCAAAACGUCCACCCAGGCCAAAAUUUCAGGCCUGAAACCGGGAACGGAGUAUGGCAUGGGCGUGACAGCUGUGAGGGGAGAGCGGGAGAGUUUACCUGCAACCACCAACGCGGUGACAGCUCUGGAUGCUCCUAAAGACCUGACUGUGGCCGAGGUGACUGAGACCUCCAUGUUGCUGCGGUGGAAGCAUCCGCUUGCCAAGCUGGACUCCUACAGGCUGGUCUAUGUGUCAGCAGAGGGUCACAGGACUGAGGAAGUCCUGCCUGCUGGCUCUGAAUCCUACACCAUGAAGAGUUUGACCCCUGGCAUGUUGUACACCAUCAGCAUCAGCGCAGAGAGGGGCCACAGGACCAGCGUACCUGUAACUGCUUCAGCACCCACAGAAGAGCAGAUGCCGGAAGUGACCAAUGUCACAAUCAGUGACAUCUUGUGGGAGAGCUUCACCCUGUCUUGGUCUGUAGAGGACGGGCCCCUUGAUGCCUUUGUGAUUGAGGUGAUUGACGCAGAAGCAGGCACUGGGUGGCAAAACCACAGCAUACCCGCCAACACUCGCAGCCUCGCCGUCUCCGGCCUCCUCCCCAGCACCUGGUACAGAGUGACUCUGUAUGGGGUGCACAGGGGGGAGCUUUUAGAGCCUACUUUUGCUGACACUAUUACAGAGACCGAACCGAAGGUGCAGGGACUAAUAGUCCAUCAGGUCACAGAAGAAACCUUUACUCUGGCCUGGACGGCUGAAGACGAUGCCUUUGACACCUUUGUCAUAAUGGUUAGCCCAGCAGAGGGCCCAGGCCUGUCGAGGGAGGUGGUGCUGGGGGGGCCUGAAAGAAGCGCAGCACUGGUGGAUCUUAUUGAAGACACAGAGUACAAAGUUGAAAUGUUUGGGCUUGUUUUGGGAAAGCGGUCCCAGUCAGUGAUGGAGAGGGUAAGAACAGAACUGGGCCCACCCAAGGCCAUCCACUUCUCUGAAGUGACCGACACAUCAGCCACCGUUCACUGGAUGACUGUGGGAGCUCAGGUGGACAGCUAUUUGGUGACUUAUGUUCCUGCCCAUGGAGGAAACGGUAGGACUCUGACUGUGGACGGCUCUGAGUUUCACUCAGUGCUGCCCAACCUAACUCCUGGGGUCACCUAUGAGGUCACAAUUGUUGCUGUCAAGGGUGAGAGAGAGAGCAAACCUGGAUCUGAAAGCGUCACCACAGCUCUGGAUAAGCCUCGCGGACUGACUGCAGUCAACAUCACCGACUCUGAGGCUCUACUGCUUUGGCAACCUGCCAUUGCCACUGUGGAUGGCUACGUCAUUUCCUACACUGCAGACUCUGGGGUUCCUGUAAUGGUGCGUGUGUCUGGGAAUGUGGUGGAGUUUGAUAUGAGCUCCCUGACACCAGCAACACACUACACUGUGAAGGUCUAUGCUGUGAGGGAUUUAGCCAAGAGUGCAGCCACAACAACAGAGUUCACAACAGAUGUGGACGCGCCCCAGGAGCUGGCUGCCAGUAACAUCCAGACAGAAAAUGCCCUGCUUACCUGGAAACCUCCUCGAGCCAACAUCAGUGCCUACAUCCUUACCUUCGAAGCUGCAGAUGGCGCUAUGCGGGAGGUUUUCCUUAGCCCCACCGCUGUGUCCUACAACAUGGUCCAGCUCAGCGCCUCCACAGAAUACUCCAUCAGGUUGCAGGCCCUAGCUGGUCCCAAGAGAAGCAGAGUUGUCACCACUUUCCUCACCACCACUGGAGUGCUGUACAGACACCCCAGAGACUGUUCGCAGGCUCUGCUGAACGGAGAUGCCACAUCCGGCCUGCACACCAUCUACGUGGGUGGAGAUGAGAAGCAGCCGCUGCAAGUCUACUGCGACAUGAGCACAGAUGGAGGCGGCUGGAUCGUUUUUCUGCGGCGGAAAAGUGGAAAAGUUGAAUUUUUCCGCAACUGGAAGAACUACACAGGCGGCUUUGGAGACAUGAAUGACGAAUUCUGGCUCGGUCUGUCCAACCUGCACAAGAUCACAGCAGGGGGGCAGUACGAGCUGCGAGUUGACCUGAAAGACAAAGGAGAGACGGCUCAUGCACAGUAUGAAAAAUUCUCCGUGUCUGAACCUCGAAGCCGAUUCAAAGUCCAUGUGGGAGGAUACAGCGGAACAGCAGGGGACUCGAUGACUUACCAUCACGGCCGACCGUUUUCCACCUACGACCAUGACAACGACAUUGCUGUCACCAACUGCGCUCUGUCUUACAAGGGAGCCUUCUGGUACAAGAACUGUCACAGAGUCAACUUGAUGGGUCGAUAUGGGGAUAACAACCACAGCAAGGGAGUUAACUGGUUCCACUGGAAAGGCCAUGAGCACUCCAUCGAGUUUGCAGAGAUGAAGAUUAGACCAUCAAACUUCAGAAACCUGGAAGGAAGAAGAAAAAGAUCAUAAGUCUUUUGCAAAGCCCCUACCACGAUCAACAACGUUCCUGUGCUGUCUAGACUCGCCGUAAGACACAUCCGCUUCAAACCACUGUACAUCAACCCCUUCUCCCUAAUGUUAAGGCCUGGCACAUGCCGCCAAAGCUGCAACACUUCACUAAUGCAUCAAAGGGGGUCCCCUUCAGACCCUCUUUUUAGAAGCACCCACAGGAAGGUGUGAGUGCAACUUUGGCAACAUAUACUGCCACUGAUCCACAGCUUCUUCAUGGAAUGGUCUUAGUUUAGGAUCAACAAAAAUGUUUUUUUUUCCUAAAGACACUGUUCCUCAUACAAAACCGGAGAUGUGUACUUGUUUGCCCCAUUAUGUUACUUUGUAUCAGCCACAGUUUGGUGUUUUAAAGUGAAAAAACAAAAAAAAAAAACGAGUCCUGGUUAUAUUUUUAAUGUUUCAUCUUUAAAUGUGAAUAAAGUGAAUUUCUGUGAAGCAAAACAUUAAAAAAAAAUAAAAGAAAAAAGAGCGGUUUGUUUUACAUGAACUGUCCAUAGAUAAGAAUCUGCUCUUUCCAAUCCCCCACCCCACCCCCCACACAGCAUGAAGCUAAACCACUGACCUUCAGAAUAAGUCUGUGUAAUGUAUGUUGGUUUAUAUUGUUUCAAGCUGGGUGAUGUCUCUGUAAACUUUAAGACAAUAAAAAGUUUUGUUAAAAAAAUCAA